AUGUCCACAUUAGGGGAAGGGCUAUAGGAUGCAACUCUGAAUGACCAAUCGGCCUUCGCUGAUUACCUGCCUGGCGGGCGGAGGCACAGGAGCCGGCAGGAGGCACAGUGUGAAAGCCCGGGGGAUUUCCGUGUUGUUUCCUGGUAGUUCACUGGAAUUCGCGAUAAUAUACUCGGUGCCGCCCCCGAGUCAUUGAGCUCCUGCUCUCCAGGGGCUACGAGUUCUCAAGGGGUCCCUGACAUCAGGCGAGGGGCUGGCAAGUACUCUUGACCACGCACGUGUGGCGCUGUACCUGAUCACACAAUACAGGGCUCUGUGCCCCCUCUGCCGUGACCCAGUCUGGACACAGAGUUCCAAAACUACUGUAGCCUGGGAAACGGGACGUUCUAAGAACACUGGGACACAUAGUGGGAGACCAUAGCCCGGGACAAGGUGGAUCGGCAGUGCAUUGAUGGUGACUAUCCUGAGGAAGUUCGGAAUACUUUGUUACCUAGAUAGGCAGGGUGCCCGGAGCUGGGCAGGGCUCAGGUGGUGGUCACGGUGGCGUGCGAGCUGUUCGGACUCUCCCCGGGGAUGUUUAAUUGCAUCCCCCUUUGGCGGUGUAACCGUCAUGUGGAGUCCGUGGAUAAGAGACACUGCUCACUGGUCUCGGUACCGGAGGAGAUCUACAGGUACAGCCGGAGCCUGGAAGAGCUGCUACUGGAUGCCAACCAGCUGAGGGAGCUGCCAAAGCAAUUUUUUCAACUUGUAAAGUUAAGAAAAUUGGGUCUUAGUGACAAUGAAAUUCAACGUCUUCCCCCAGAUAUAGCAAACUUCAUGCAACUGGUAGUACUUGACGUUUCCCGUAAUGAUAUUCCUGAAAUUCCAGAAAGCAUCUCGUUUUGCAAAGCACUCAAAGUGGCUGACUUCAGUGGCAAUCCACUAACAAGGUUGCCAGAAAGUUUUCCAGACCUAGAAAACCUCACCUGCCUUUCUAUUAAUGACAUCUCCCUGCAGGCGCUACCUGAAAAUAUUGGGAACUUAACUAACCUGGCAUCGUUGGAGUUGAGAGAGAAUUUACUGACCUACUUACCAGAAUCACUUUCAAAGCUACAUAGGUUAGAAGAACUGGAUUUAGGAAACAAUGAGAUCUAUAAUUUGCCAGAAUCUAUUGGAUUAUUACAUAAACUCAAAGACCUCUGGUUAGAUGGAAAUCAACUUGCAGACCUACCUCUGGAAAUUGGAAACCUGAAAAACCUGCUCUGUUUGGAUGUGUCAGAAAACAAGCUAGAAAGACUUCCAGAAGAGAUCAGCGGGUUGAAUUCAUUGACAGAUCUGCUGGUGUCACAGAAUUUAAUUGAAGUUUUACCAGAUGGCAUUGGAAAGUUAAAAAAGCUCUCUAUACUUAAAGUUGAUCAGAAUCGACUAGUGCAGCUGACAGAGAGUAUUGGAGAAUGUGAAAGCCUUACUGAACUAGUCCUUACUGAAAACCAGCUUUUGGUGUUACCAAGAAGCAUUGGGAAAUUAAAGAAACUCAACAAUUUGAACGUAGAUAGGAAUAAAUUAAUGUCAUUGCCAAAGGAGAUUGGUGGAUGCUGCAAUCUUAAUGUAUUUUGUGUGCGUGAAAAUAGAUUGACCAGAAUUCCCUCAGAAAUUGCACAAGCUACUGAACUUCAUGUCUUAGAUGUUGCUGGAAACCGGUUGACACAUUUACCUUUAUCAAUGACAGCACUAAAACUAAAGGCUUUAUGGUUGUCUGACAAUCAGUCUCAGCCUCUGCUCACCUUCCAGACAGAUGUUGAUCCAGAAAAUGGAGAGAAGGUCUUGACAUGUGUUUUACUCCCACAGAUGCCUUCUGAGCCUAGUGGCCAAGAUAAUUUGCCAAGAUGUGGAGCCUUUGAGAGCCUGGUUAACGAUAUGUCAGACGAUACUUGGAACGAGAAGGCGAUGAAUAGAAUCAGUGCCAUACGAUUUUUAGAUGAUGAGAAAGAAGAGGAGGAUGAAACGGCAACCCUUCUAAGACGUGCCACUCCUCACCCUGGGGAGCUGAAGACUAUGAAAAAGACUGUGGAGAACCUGCGUACCAAUUUGAUUGCUGCUAAGGGACUGGAUUCUAAUAAAAACGAGGUCAAUAAUGCCGUUGACAGAGUCACCACGUCUGUUUAGACUUUCACCACCAAAUCAUACCUCCUGUGUCUUCCCCUGCUGUUGAAAUGUUCCCCUGCUUUCAGGACCACAUCCAGCCUUCUGUGUUAACCAGAACAUGUUCAUCACUUUGUCUUUCCCUUCUGUUGGGUUGCUGCUACCUGGAAGAAAGUGCCUUAUUUCAGCCAGAUGCAUGCACCCAUAAUUUUUAAAUUAAUGGUGUAAUUUUUAUAUUUUACCAAUCUUGUUUUUAAUAAGUAGAACACACUAAUGUGCUAUUGUUUUUCUUUUCCUUGGGGAAAUGUAUCUUUUAUUUUUAAGUGAUGGGAUGUGUUAUGACUUUUUUAAAAAAAAAUCUUUUUACACAUUCUGGUGAUAAAUUAUAUAGUUUUAUGUGAAAAUUAUACUUUUUUUUUUUUUUUUUUACUUUCAACGGUUUUUGGCAGCUUAACCAUUGUAUAUUGAAAUGAAAAUAUUGUAAAGGAGCUGUGAAAUAUGGUAUGAUUCAUUUAAUAGGAUUUCACAUAUGGUACAUGUGUUUAUAAUUGCAGUAUAGAGCAGUGAUGGCUAACCUUGACACCAUAGAUUGUUUCUGGACUACAUUUCCCUUUGAUGCUCAGCUAGAGUUUAGACUCUGAAAGAUAGCUAGGCAUCAUUGGAAAUGUAGUCCAGAUACAAUUUAUGGUGUCAAUAUUAGCAAUCACUGGUAUAGAGUGUCUGUGUUUUAAUCAAUAUUUGUAUUUUUUUUUUAAAUCUGUUUGUACCACUCAGUUGUGCCUUAAGGCUAUGUAUCAAAGCAGUAAAUAUCCAGUUUGACUGUGGUAUUUUAGGAACAUGAAUAGGCAUUAAUAAAUCCCUUGAUUGAUAAAUAUUCAACCUAACUAUAAAUAUUUGGAUGCUGCUUAUGUAUAAACUAUUUCAUUCAAUGUCAGCAAUUUGCCCUUAUAUACUUGGCAGGUUGAAAAAUCUACAAAAUGUAUAUGUAUGAAAAUGCGAUGCAAUGUCAGUUAAGAAACAUAUCCGUCACAUUGGUUCUGUCUGCUCUGAUACAUAGACCCUAACAUUCUGUUGUGUGUCAAACCCCAUUCAUAAUGGCCUUAAGAAUCAACCUAGUGGUGCCUUCUUGUGAUGCUUUAAGUGAGGUUUUAAAUCUGAAAAGUAGAACAAAGUAAUGAUGCUUAUCUAUUCUCAUUGUGCAUUAUUAAGAGCACUGUUCACUGUAAGCCCAACUCUUAAACAGUUAGCAAUAGUCAUUGUGAGAAUAAUAUCUUGCUGUUUGAAUGGAAAAUAAAAGGUACUCAAUGCAAACAGCAGGAAAUGGGGGAGGGUUGUUAAAUAUUAAGUAAAAGUCUGCUCACAAAAAAGGCUCUCUGAUAACGGAGUAUAAAAACCGAACAUGUUAGUAUUGAACUUUAUAAACUCCCGGUAACCAAUUAAUAGGAAUCCCAUACUCUCUAAUGCAAUAAUUUGUGCUCUUGACUGGAGUGUUCAUCCUUUCUCUUUAAUGUGAAUAUACUGUACAUAGGAGCCUGCAAGAUAUUUUGACACUAUUUGUUUCACUUGAAAUCAGGAUUAUUAAAAGAAGAAAAAAAAAAAGGUUUGUGACCUCAAAUAGUAAUAAAAAGUACAUUUCACAGCAUAGAGUGCCAGUGAUUAUAUCAGACCAUGCCACUAGGUGGUACUUCCGGCUUCUAGAGCUG